AUGGGGGACACUGUGGCCACCAUCUUCGAGAACUACGUCACCACCGUCGAGGUCAGGGCUGGCAGGGCCUUGUGGGACACAGCGGGAGAAGAGCAUGACAGGCUGCGGCCUCCGUCGUACCUGGACAGAGACGUGGCCUUGAUGUACUUCAGCAUCGACUCGCCCUACAUCCUGAAAAACAACUCGGAGUCGGGGAGGCCGGAGCUGCACCACUUCUGCCCCAGCGUGUCCACCAUCUAUGCGAGAAAGAACCACCUUCGCAGCGACCUGCUCACACUGCGAGAUCCUGCCAUGACGAAAGAGGUGAGCGCUCUUCUUGAGGAAGGGCGCACCAUGUCGGUGAAGACCAACGCCGACGACUCACCUGGAGUACAAUGCCAAGACCAAGGACGGUGUGCGCGAGGGGAUCGAUAG